AUGAUGUCUCGUCGACGCUUUUCUUUUGACACUUUUCACGCGCUCACGCUCGCCUCUCUCUCGGGGUUUGUUCUAAUGCUUCCUCUUCUGCUGUUUUUAGUUUACUGCAUCAUCGAAGCAGCCGUCGCCGUCGUCACUGCCGUUUGGCUAGAACUCUGUUUGCCGUCUGACGCGAGUCUCCUCGCCACCUACUGGAUGACUAGUUGCGGCCGCAGUGGAUUGCGAUUCACAAUGUCCCUGUUUGCACUACGCCCUCUACUGGUGCGAAACCAACGAUUCUCGCAGCUCUCGAUGCUACGCGGCCUGUCAACACUUCCGCAGCAAGUCCGCACCUAUGCUACGGCCCAGCGGAAGAGCGCUUCCACCUCGUCCCUAUCUGCCAGCACCGAUCGUUCGGACGUCUCGACGGAUGUCCGUCCGAUGGGAGAGCGCGUCAAGGAAAACACCAAAACUGCCAGCUAUUUGGGAAUAAUUUUGGUGGGUGUUGGCGUUACGGCCACAUUGUUCUACUACACCUUCCGGGAGUUGUUCUCGUCGAACAGUCCGAACAAUAUUUACACAGAGGCGCUCGAUCGGGUCAAGAACGAGAACCGGGUCAAGGAUGCGCUGGGAGCGCCGAUCAAGGGAUUUGGCGAGGAAAGCCGACGUGGCAGGAGGACACACGUAGCUCAUACGAGCUACAUCAGGGACGGAGUGCAGUACAUUAGGAUGCAAUUCUACGUGCAAGGGAUUCGUAACAAAGCGACGGUGCAUUUGGAGAAGAAGAUGAACGAGUCCGGCGACUACGAGUAUCGAUAUCUGUUCGUACAGCUGGACUACUACCCGCACACCACGGUUAUCAUCGAGGACAACCGACUUCAGCAGGAUAUCCCCAAGCCUGGUAGCGCUCUAGAACCAAUUUUAUAACUUUGUCAAAUUUCUACCAAGCUUCAUGUUAUGUUUGUAAAUAAAAUGUGUUCAAAGUC